CCGGACCCAGCGCUCGCACCUUUCGUCCCCGCUCUCCCCGGCGCGGGGGCUCCGCGGGGUGAUGCGUCCCCGGCGGGCGGCCGCUCCCGCCGUGUCCGCCGGGUCCUAGAGCCGUCCCAGCGAGGCCCCGCGGGCCGCCCCGCCGCCCGUCCGUGCUCGCCCGGCGGCGCCGGGCCAUGAACGGCCCCGCGGGCGGCGGCGGUUCCCGCUGAGCGCCCGCACCCGGCAUGGGGGUGAACGCCGUGCACUGGUUCCGCAAGGGGCUGCGGCUCCACGACAACCCGGCGCUGCGGGAAUGCAUCCAGGGCGCCGACACGGUGCGCUGCGUCUACAUCCUGGAUCCCUGGUUCGCCGGCUCCUCCAACGUGGGCAUCAACAGGUGGCGAUUCCUGCUUCAAUGUCUCGAGGAUCUUGAUGCCAAUCUGCGAAAACUGAGUUCACGUUUGUUUGUUAUCCGUGGACAGCCAGCAGAUGUUUUCCCCAGGCUUUUUAAGGAAUGGAACAUUGCAAAACUUUCUAUUGAAUAUGACUCUGAACCAUUUGGGAAGGAAAGAGAUGCAGCUAUCAAGAAGCUGGCUAGUGAAGCAGGAGUGGAGGUCAUUGUUCGGAUUUCACAUACAUUGUAUGACCUAGACAAAAUCAUAGAAUUAAAUGGAGGACAGCCUCCUCUUACUUACAAGCGAUUUCAGACCCUAAUAAGUAGAAUGGAGCCCUUGGAGAUGCCUGUGGAGACUAUAACCCCCGAAGUAAUGAAAAAAUGUAGUACUCCGGUUUCUGAUGACCACGAUGAGAAAUAUGGUGUGCCAUCACUUGAAGAGCUGGGUUUUGACACAGAUGGUCUGCCUUCUGCAGUGUGGCCAGGGGGAGAAACUGAAGCUCUCACACGCUUAGAAAGACAUUUAGAACGAAAGGCUUGGGUAGCAAACUUUGAAAGACCACGAAUGAAUGCAAAUUCCCUUCUGGCAAGCCCUACAGGGCUCAGUCCCUACCUCCGCUUUGGCUGUUUGUCCUGUCGGCUCUUUUAUUUCAAAUUAACGGACCUGUACAAAAAGGUAAAAAAGAACAGCUCCCCUCCCCUCUCCCUCUAUGGCCAGCUGUUAUGGCGUGAAUUUUUCUACACAGCAGCGACUAACAAUCCACGGUUUGAUAAAAUGGAGGGGAAUCCUAUCUGUGUUCAAAUUCCAUGGGAUAAGAAUCCUGAGGCUUUGGCCAAAUGGGCAGAAGGCAGGACAGGUUUUCCUUGGAUUGAUGCAAUUAUGACACAGCUUCGUCAGGAAGGCUGGAUUCACCAUUUAGCCCGGCAUGCUGUAGCAUGCUUUUUGACUCGAGGUGACCUCUGGAUUAGCUGGGAAGAAGGAAUGAAGGUCUUUGAAGAGCUGUUACUUGAUGCAGAUUGGAGUGUGAAUGCUGGAAGCUGGAUGUGGCUGUCCUGUAGUUCCUUCUUUCAACAGUUUUUUCACUGCUACUGCCCAGUGGGUUUUGGCAGAAGAACUGACCCAAAUGGGGAUUACAUCAGACGUUAUUUGCCAGUACUUAGAGGUUUCCCUGCAAAAUACAUCUAUGAUCCUUGGAAUGCUCCAGAAAACAUCCAGAAGGCUGCAAAAUGUAUUAUAGGAGUUAAUUAUCCCAAACCAAUGGUAAACCAUGCAGAGGCAAGCCGUUUGAAUAUUGAGAGGAUGAAACAGAUCUACCAGCAGCUUUCACGAUACAGAGGACUGGGUCUUCUUGCAACUGUGCCUUCUAAUCCAAAUGGAAAUGGAAAUGGUGGCCUAAUGGGCUAUUCACCAGGAGAAAGCAUUUCUGGUUGUGGUAGUACAGGAGGAGCUCAGCUGGGAACUGGUGAUGGUCAUUCUGUUGUUCAGUCGUGUGCCCUCGGGGACUCUCAUACAGGAACAAGUGGAAUUCAGCAGCAAGCUUGAUUGGAAGAGAAGUUUGCCACUCAAAGAACACAUGGGACAAAAUUCCUGCUAUUCUGUAUUGGAGCUAAAGUGUUGUGAGAGUUCAUGUUCUAAAAGUACAUACUUUUUCAUAAAUUAUUUUCAAUUGUUCUCAGUUGUUGUAAACAAGUCCAAUUUUUGGAAUGCAUUAUUUCUAACUGGCAUUUCUAUGGUUUUUAACUUUUUAAUGACUCUUUCACAAAGGGCAAAUUGAGUUUUGUAUAUAAAGUAUUUGGUGAAGAAUUUGCUAACUUAUUGUAAAUAUAAAUAUUCAUGAUUAGUGAUAGACCCAUCAAUAUAUUUUUGAUAAUCUUUCAUGUAUAUGGUAGUAGGAAAAGCUAUAGUGCUGUUCUGAAAAACGGAUGAAAAUAGAAAGUUUGGAAGUUUUUAAAUCAUUAUUAUUUUUAGAUUACAUACUUGAGCUCUGUAUGAUCAAUUUCAUAUUUUCAUAAUGUAAGUGCUUAGAACUGUGUUUAAUCAAAUACAGUAGAGUUGCACCGUAAUUAAUCACACCUGUAUAUAAAACACAUGCCAAUUUUAGUCGAGUUGUAAAAUUUUCAUGUAUAUGUCCAGUCCUUGUAUUUCUCAGCUGCCUUGUUCAGUAAUGACAUACCUUGUUAAUAAAAGAAAAUUGUAUAUAUAGAUACAUA